AUGCCUCUAAAACAUCUAUCUGAUGAACAAAUGCGACGUAUUUUGGAAGAUAGUGAUGGCGAAGACGAAUUCUCGCGCCAACUAGAAGAUUUGGACGCACACGAUGAAGACGAUUUAGAAUCAGGUACAUACAAUGUAAACGCCGCUAUUGCACAAUCGGGUAACAUAACCGCUUCUGCUUCUGAUAAUGACGAGCUUGAAUGCCACCCUGCUAGGUCUCUUUCUCAGCCAAAUGAAGUAAAUGCUGGUAGUUCUGGUUUGCCUGCUGAUGCUUUACAAAUGUCUGCUGCUGAUGAUUUGCAUAUGUCUCCUGCUGAUUCCAUUUUUUCUACUACACACAUCCCCCAACUUAGUACUGAAUGGCAGAGUGAGAUAAGGAGUUUGCCACGGCAAGUUUUUACUGGUUAUGAUGAAGGCAAACGCCAGGAACGGUUAUUUUCUGAUCAAUCUGACUUAUGGACGAUUUUCACCCACAUUUUCUAUGAAGACAUAAUUGAAUUUAUGGUAGUCGAAACCAAUAGAUAUGCUUUGCAAACCACAGUGAAUGAUUUGAGGCCCAACAGUCGUCUAAGGAGAUGGAAACCAAUAACAGGAGAUGAAAUGAGAAAGUUUUUAGGUGUUUAUUUACUGACGGGAGUCAUCAAUUUUCCAAUGCUCGAAAACUACUGGAAAAAGGACAAAUUAUACUAUCAUCCACUUCUUCACGAGAUAAAUAUGUCCUACAAUAAAUUCACGCUGAUAUUAAAAUGCUGGCAUUAUGUAGAUAACGAAGCCCCACGUAAUGAAGGCGACCGUUUAUAUAAAAUACAGCCACUCAUCGACAAACUAACAAAAAACUGGCGAAAAAUAUUUACCCCCGGAAAACGUAUAGUAGUCGACGAGUCGAUGGUUGGUUUUAGGGGAAGAAUUAGUUUUCGAACUUACAACCCACAGAAAUCUCAUAAGUACGGCAUAAAAAUUUAUAAAUUAUGUACUGAUAGUGGUUAUACCUGGAGUUACCGCGUUUAUUCUGGUCAAGAGGACCAAAUAACUGGAUUAGAUAAACCGGGGUCAGUUGUUGUUAGUUUGUGCACAGAUUUGCUUAAAGAAGGAAAACUCAUGAUAACGGACAAUUACUACACUAGCAUACCUUUAGCAAGGUACCUAAAAGAACAAGGUACUGAUUUGUGUGGAACAAUACGCAAAAACCGUCGAGAACUGCCCCAAGAAGUGGUUCAGCAACGUUUAGAAAAAGGUCAAAUUUCUGUGCAGCAGAACAACUUUGCGACCAUCCUAAAAUGGCAUGAUAAACGGGAUGUGCUUAUGUUGUCGACGUGUCACAACCACGAAAUGCAAAUGUCAACUGGUUUUCGAAGAGUUUUGAAGCCUACUAUGGUGCUGACCUACAAUGAAGGGAAGAAAGGCAUAGACUUGGCUGAUCAACUAGCAAGUUACAAUUCACCGGCGAGGAAAACCUCUGUUUGGUAUAAGAAAAUUGCUGCGGACCUUGUUUCUAUAAGUGUAGUGAAUGCCAUUCUGAUUUAUAACGAGUUACAUCCACAGUCAAAAUUGAAGGUUCUGGAUGGUCAUCAAAUCAUUAUAAAGAAAUUACUUAAGGUUGAAACUGAGAACUGUUCAAGUUCCAGUUCUGCGAGUUCUUUGCGUCCUACAAGUCACAAGUUAACGAAAAUACCCAAGAAAGCUAAUGGAAAAAUUUGGCAAAAACGUUGUGCCAGUUGCUACAAAAAGCUGAAAGAAUCGGGAUUCACAGCUACUGAUGCAAGGAAGAAGACUUUACAAGUUACAACUGAGUGCAUUUCAUGUAAAAAACCAUUUUGCUUACAAUGUUUUAACGAAUCUCACUAA